UGAAAAGAAGAAAAAAACACUCCUCACGGUGGUUUUCCUUCUUGUCUGAACGUGUCAAAUCUUUCUCACGCUGAGCUCACAACGCAGCCGACAGAGGGCGAUACAACAACUUCCGCUUUCGUUUGGCCGUCUGACCAAUGAGCUUCAAGAGCACCGCAGAGGUGGGCGGGACCGGAGCAAACGCAAACAUGGCGGCGUCCGUAGAUGAUGAUUUUGAGUUUAAUAACCAGGACUACUACUCUCUGCUCAACGUCAGGAAAGAGGCUACAUUGGAGGAGCUAAAGGCGUCAUAUCGGAGGCUGUGUAUGCUCUACCAUCCUGACAAACAUCGAGACCCCGAGCUUAAAAGCCAGGCUGAACAACUUUUCAACCAGGUGCACCAGGCAUACGAAGUGCUGAGCGAUGCUCACUCCAGAGCCAUCUAUGACAUCUUUGGGAAGAAAGGACUGGAGGUGGAAGGCUGGGAGGUGGUGGAGAGGAAGAGAACUCCAGCAGAAAUUCGAGAGGAGUACGAAAGGCUGCAGAGAGAACGAGAAGAGAGAAGACUGCAGCAAAGAACUAACCCUAAGGGAACCAUCAGUGUCGGUGUAGAUGCAACAGACCUGUUUGAUCGCUAUGAUGAGGACUUUGAAGAGAUGCCAGGAGGAGGGUUUCCUCAUAUUGAAAUCAACAAGAUGCACAUUUCCCAGUCCAUAGAGGCUCCUUUGACGAACUCUGACACAGCAGUGCUGUCUGGCUCACUCUCAACACAUAACGGGAAUGGAGGGGGCAACAUUAACAUGACUGUACGAAGGGUUACGUCAGCCAAGGGCUGGGGAGAGGUGGAGUUGGGUGCAGGAGACAUACUUGGACCUCUCAUUGGGUUAAAAGUGUUCCGCAACGUCACUCCACGGUGUUUCUUAACAGCCCAGUGCGGUCUGCAGUUUUCUCCUCGGGGUUUACGGCCCAGCUGUUCUCUGAUGACGGCACGCCACCUGGACCAAAACACCAUGGGUUAUCUGCAGUGGCGCUGGGGGCCCAAUAGCGCCAUGACCACUAGCCUGGUCCGAGACACAAAGAGCAGCCACUUUACUCUAGCUCUGCAGCUGGGUGUGCCCCACUCUUACCUGAUGAUGAGCUACCAGUACAAGUUCCAGGAUGAAGACCAGACUAAAGUUAAAGGCUCUGUUAAGACAGGCUGGUUUGGUACUGUGGUGGAAUAUGGAGCAGAGAGGAAGAUCAGCCGACACAGUGUCCUGUCAGCCACUGUCAGCAUCGGGGUCCCACAGGGAGUCACACUCAAGAUCAAGUUGGCGCGCGCCAGUCAGACGUACCUGUUUCCAAUCCAUCUGACAGAUCAGCUGCUGCCCAGCGCUGUCUUCUACGCCACCGUGGGACCUCUGCUGCUCUACGUGGCUAUCCACAGACUGAUCGUCAUCCCAUAUACACAAGCACAGAAAGAACAAGAGCUGGAGUUGCAGAGGAAGAGCUCUGCCACAGACAUCGCCAAGAAGAAGCAGGAGGCAGAGUCUGCCGUUCUGCUGAUGCAGGAGUCUGUGAGGAGAAUCAUAGAAGCGGAAGAAUCCAAGAUGGGUCUGAUCAUCCUGAAUGCCUGGUAUGGAAAGUUUGUGUCAGACACCAGCCAGAAGCAGGAGAAAGCGAAGGUCAUUGACGUCACUGUGCCGCUACAGUGUCUGGUCAAGGACUCCAAACUCAUUCUCACCGAGUCCUCUAAGGCAGGAUUGCCCGGCUUCUAUGACCCCUGUGUAGGAGAGGAGAAGAGUCUUAAAUUACUGUACCAGUUCAGAGGUGUCAUGCACCAAGUCAUCUCUGCAGACACUGAUUCUCUACGGAUACCCAAGCAAUCUCACAGAAUUGAAUCUGAGUCCUAGGAGCCCAUCACUGUUGGAACACCAGAGGGCAAAUGCAGAUAAAAACAGACUUUGUGUAAACAAAGGGGACACACCAACAAUAAGUCUGUUUCUCUCCUCUGGUCCUCUUCUGUCAUGGUAUUAGUGAAUCUGUUUAUCGAGUUCCUCCACUCCUCCCUUUCCUGUGGGCCAUCUCUGAGGUUCAGCAGAAUACAGGAGUCAGCUCAAAGUUUCUACAAGCUGUCACGCCUUUGUGUCUCUAGUCUGCUACACCUGACAAGGCUGCUCUAAUAUCUGCCUACUGCAGGAGAUCAGACAUUGGCCCUGAACAUAGUUUUAUAUAUACUGUAUGUACUAUACAGAGGGACCGCGGACGUGGUGACCAUUGUCAUUAAUGAUGAGCUAACGGAGAUACAUUUAAAGAUGUGUCUUGACAUUUGUUAUGUCAAGUAUAUACAAAUGAGCUGUAGUUUUAUCUCAUAUCAUUAUAGUCCUUUAUGUAUCUCACCCUGGUAGGUUUGAAACUAAUAAUGUUAUAACAUACCAGUCAUUUCACUAUAUUAAUGUGUAGAGUAACACUAUGCAGGAUCACGUCUCAGCGACCCUAAGGCUGGCCAGGGCUGAUGAUUGACUGUGUAACUCAUGUUUUUUGUUUACUAGUGGAAAUGUCUCAACCUCAUGUAUUAUGUCUGCUGCUCAUGGGAGUGCCAGUCAGCAGGUAUACACUGGUGCUCAAAACAUAUAUCUGUGAGGAGGGGGUGGGUGUUGGUAUAUGGAAGUUGGUGGAGGUAUUGCACAGGGAGGGAAAGUCAUAGAGAUGCCCUUUGAUGGUCGUGAUCCAACCAAGGAGAGACAGGCUUGACUUCUUCAUUUUUAAAAUCUCAGACCAGGCUGCAAUUUAAAGUCUGAAAUUCUGCUUAGAUUUGAUUUGAUUUGUCGGUCCUUAUUGAUUAUCUCAGUGCAGCUGCAGCCAAAACAGAUCUUUUUUUACUGUGAUUUUUAAUUCAGUGAAGGUUAUAGUUUGUAUUUCACUGGUGUACAUCGAGUACGAAGCUAUGGUUCAUGGUUGGGCUACGAUCAGUAGAGGGCGUGGGUCAACACUUUCCCUCAUGAAGGCUGUUUGCUGCUGAGGCAAUCACUGUGACAAGACAAUAACUUGUUUCUGGAGAUGACCUGAGACACACUAAAACAAUUUUACUGAUUAUGGCACAUUUACACAGUUACAUUUGUUUGACUUUGUUUUAAUUUGUACACCAACAUGUGCCAUGUCUUUUAAUUUGAUGUUUUCUGUCCCUCUUUUUUUUUUUUAAUUUAAGAAUAUAGAAUUAAAUUUAUCUUAUACAUGGUAAUCUAUAAGAUGUGACUUGUAAGAUAAAACCAUAUUAAUAAUAAUCCACACAGUGACUUACCUCUGCUGUAGCUAUUUUCUUAUCAGAGUGAGGAUGAUAUAGGAAAAAUUAUUAAUAUCAUGCACUUUCUGUUCAGAUAUAACAACAACAGCACAUUACAGCUAUGAACCCAUGUUUAAUGAGACUUUAUUCUUUAUUCUAUUCCCACUCUGUUUAUUUGUCAGCAUUUGUAAGGGUGGAUUGACACCAACUACAAAUUGUAUUUUACUGAAUACAAAGGUAAUAUUUUGCACAAAAUGUACAGUAUUUCAAACAAAUAUUAGAGGCUAGUUAUCAUGAUAAUAGUGCUGAAGCCUCAACAUGAAGCUGUACUGAACUCCAGAGUUUGGAUCUGAGUCCUGUUGUCCUCAUAUGAUGCCCUCCUUUGGCUUUUUUUGUUUUAAAACAUUGUUGUGAUUGACCUGCAAGUUCCAAAAGUGUGGAAAGCAUUUAGCCAUAUUUUGGUAUUUAGUUGGAGGGAUCUUUACUGUGAUAUCAGUAGCAUUUUUUGCGAUGGGGUCACUAUCACAGCAGCCAUUUUGCACUGAUUCUGUGUGUAGUGUGGGUCUUCUUGUUUUAAAAGUGUGCUGUAAGGUAUUUUGACAGGUCAUCUGUUCACCUCUGCUCUAGUGCCACCAUGAGGCCAGCAGAAAGACUGCUCCCCGCUGUUACACUCCAACCCAUCUUCCAAACUGACUCACAUUAGUAUGUAAAUGUACUGUACGGUUGAGGAGCCUGUUUGUUCUCUGUCCUGUAAAGACUACAAUAAAUAUGAACUGAUCA